UACAGAUACGAAGGUAUUCUACAAAUUAACGAUGGGGCUCGUAUGAGACUUGGGACUUAGUAUGGAUGUUUACGUUAUGUUCAAGGACUCCUCAGGUUUCGUUUCUUUAUCAGCUAUAUACGUGCCCUGUAUUUGCUUCACAGAGCAGUCUGCUUUCUGUCGUCGUCGACGAUUCUAGUAAUUCGUAGUUAACUAACUAUCCUGUGAACUCGUGAGAAAAUAAAUGUAAUUCCGAAUUUAAAAAUUGCACCGCGAUUUUCUAUCUUAAUUCCAUGGUUGGCAUUCUUCCGUUGCAACGUAGCGUAAGCGUGGCAAACAAAUGCUACACGUUCAUCGAACUACGUCAACAAGGCUAGGUAAGCUUUGUUUACGACCGGCUUUUUUAUCUUACUUGUACUUUUGCGUAAUUGUUUGAAGUACAUUAUGCACUAGCAUCGAUGCAUGUGAUAUUUUUCUUUUCUUCGAUAGUCUGAGCAUCAUUGCACUUUAUCUCUUUUUUGCUAUUAUAAUAAUAUGAUCCAUGGAAUAAAUUGUUAAAUGUUUUUUAAUUGUCUUUAAUCUUUUAUAUUUGUGCUUCUAUAUGUUUUUUAUUUUUUUCCCCUUUUUGUAGCUAUGAUAAAAAUUCCAGUGCAUGUAAGCAUAUAAAAUUCGAGUAUCUGUUGAAGUCUGGAGACCCUGGCUAGAAACAAUUGAAGCGACAAUUAAUUUCAUUGUUGCGACAUGCAGUAUGACAAAAGAAUGGAUAUUUACUCAACGGUGUCGAUAGAAGACUGCGUCUGGAAAGAACUGGACGAGGUGUAUCGAUUAAAUGCUUAUCUAAAUCUGAAUUUUAAUUACUGUGCAUCAGUAUUCAAGAAAGCAUUGCGUAAAGUUCCUAACAUUUUGAAGAAUAGUACAAAAUUACACAGAAUGAGUAGGACGAAAGAAAUUCGUGGUGAAAAUCACGCAUACGAUGCGUCAGAACAGGCUGCUGAAAAUUCUAUUGUCAAACAGGAAAAUAAAAUUCAGCUGAGAAGAUCUACACGCAGGAAACAGCAGUUGCUUCCUCUGCAAAUAGUUACUCAUUCUAAUGGGUGGAGGAAAAAGUCGAAUAGACGUUCGAAUAAAUCAAGGAAGCGAAGGACGACGAUAAGGCACAAUUCCGAAGGAGAAACAUCCGUAGUUGUCAAGGAACCUAAAAUAGAGUAUUAUGAUCUAACAACAGAUUUAAGUCCUGACUGUCAAAAAAUAGAGUGUUACGAUUUAACAACAGAUUUAAGUCCUGACUGUCCAAAAAUAGAAUGUUAUGAUCUAACAACAGAUCUAAGUCCUGAUUGUCCAAAAAUAGGGUGUUAUAAUGUAACAACAGAUUCAAGUCCUGACUGUCCAAAAAUAGAGUGUUACGAUGUAACAACAGAUUUCAGUUCUGACUGUCCAAAAAUAGAGUGUUACGAUGUAACAACAGAUUUCAAUCCUGACUGUCCAACCCCAUCACUUUUACAAGAAAUCGACGCAAGGGUCUUGAAAGACUCGAUUGAUUUCACGAGCAAUGAGAUAUUCAAUACGUUUCAUUAUGAGUUCUUUGAUAAUAAUUUAAAUUCAACCAUGGAGAUGAUUCCUGUUGAAGUAGAUUCUUCAUAUAAUAUCUGUGAUAGUUCUGGAGUGGACAUAAACGACAAUGAAUGUAAAUUAUAUCAGGUGGUAGACGAUGAGAAUAAAGAAAGUAUUUCAGCAGACAAAUCAAACGACAAUGAAUGUAAUUCAUAUCAGUCGGCAGAUGAUGAGAAUAAAGAAAGUAUUUCAGCAGACAAAUCAAACGACAAUGAAUGUAAUGUAUAUCAGGCGGCAGAUGAUGAGGAUAAACAAAGUAUUUCAACAGAUAAACCAAACGACAAUGAAUGUAAUGCAUAUCAGACGGCAGAUGAUGAGAAUAAAGAAAGUAUUUCAGCAGAUAAAUCAAUAAGCUCAGAAUAUUUAGGCAUAGAUAGUGACUUUCACUGUAAUUCUUGUCCUGAGAACUGUGUUCUAAACACGAUUGAACAUGAGAUGGAUGAUCUCAAAGAGGAUUUAGAAGUAGAAACACUAGAAUCUGUUGAUGAAGAUUCUUAUGUGAAUAAUAUCAAUGAGGAGACUUCCAUAAAUCUAACAGUAGAAAAAGGAGAUUUUUUGUUUACAGACAUUAAUUCGACAUUAAUAACACUCAUAGACUCGACUGGGGAAGUUGCGGAGGGUACAAUGUUUGAUGCAGUUCCCAUGGAUCAACCAACCAUAAACCAAGGAGAGAAUUCGAUUUGCGAUAGCUGUGGCAUGCUUUCCAGCCAAAUAGAUAACUUUAAUGAACAUUUAGAGGCUUGUCGCGCCAAUAAACCUUACAAAUGCGAGAUAUGUAUGAGACCGUACAGAUAUAAAUCGUCCCUGUAUAAACAUAUAAGGGUAAAGCAUUACCACCCGAUUAAUGAUGGUUCAGAUUUGUAUACUUGCAAAGUGUGCAACAAAGUUUAUUGCAAAUUUGGCCAUUUCUUAACUCAUAUAGCCAUACAUGAAGAGUAUUUCUAAAAUAGUUUUCGUGCUUCACGCAAAACAAGUUGUAUUACCAGUAUUAUCGUUCUUCAUUUUUUUAACCGUCUAAUGAGGCUGAUUUCCUUAUAAGCAUUAUUAUUUCACUAAUAUAUAAUUUCCAGUAGAAGAUAAAUAUUAUAUUUCUAUUGUCAUUUGUUCGUAACGUAUAUGUUGACUAAUUUGUUAUAUAUUUUAUUUUUGACUAGUUUACGUUUGUUAUAAGUAUUUUUUUUAUUUAUAUUGACCAUAGUAUUACUUUUAAUUACUCUCCAUUGCUCUUCGAUUUGAUGAAACAUUUUUAUUUUCUGAGUAGAUAAAACAAAAGCCCCGUUUUCGUUUUAAUAUUAAUACUUUUGUGUAAUUGCACAGCGCUUCAUAUUUUCUGCACUUUAUUAAAAACCAACAUGUAAUAAAUUGCACUUCAGUGAAUCGAUACGCACUGUACAAUUUCUGAAUAGUUUCAAUGUGAAAAAAACUCACUCGCAAAAUGUUUGUGUAAAUGGAAUAAUAAAUUGAAUUU